UCAGGCCUAGAGGCGGCGGGGCUUUGAGGGGACUGAGAGGGCUGGGAGCUGGGCUGUCGGGGCGCCGGGGGCGGUCCCUGCGGGGCGGGCGGGACCCGACCGGCUCUCUGUGUGGCCGCGGCCAUGAAGCCGCAGCCGCCGGGCUAGGCCCCGGGCGGCUCUAGCCCAGGGCGGCCCGUGGAGGGCCGGGCCAGCCCCAUCUCCGGUCCCAGGCCGGCGGGCGACUGCUCACCAUGCCGGGCAAGCACCAGCACUUCCAGGAACCCGAGGUCGGCUGCUGCGGGAAAUACUUCCUGUUUGGCUUCAACAUUGUCUUCUGGGUGCUGGGAGCCCUGUUCCUGGCCAUUGGCCUCUGGGCCUGGGGUGAGAAGGGCGUUCUCUCUAACAUCUCAGCGCUGACAGAUCUGGGAGGCCUCGACCCCGUAUGGCUGUUCGUAGUGGUUGGAGGUGUCAUGUCAGUACUGGGCUUUGCUGGCUGCAUCGGGGCCCUCCGGGAGAACACCUUCCUGCUCAAGUUUUUCUCCGUGUUCCUCGGCCUCAUCUUCUUCCUGGAACUGGCAACAGGGAUUCUGGCCUUCGUAUUCAAGGACUGGAUUCGAGACCAGCUCAAUUUCUUCAUCAACAACAAUGUUAAGGCCUAUCGGGACGACAUUGACCUCCAGAACCUCAUUGACUUUGCUCAGGAAUAUUGGUCUUGCUGCGGAGCCCGAGGGCCUAAUGAUUGGAACCUCAAUAUCUAUUUCAACUGCACUGACUUGAACCCAAGCCGGGAGCGCUGCGGGGUGCCCUUCUCCUGCUGCGUCCGGGACCCUGCGGAAGAUGUCCUCAACACCCAGUGUGGCUACGAUGUCCGGCUCAAGCUGGAGCUGGAGCAGCAGGGCUCCAUCCACACCAAAGGCUGUGUGGGCCAGUUUGAGAAGUGGCUGCAGGACAACCUGAUCGUUGUGGCUGGGGUCUUUGUGGGCAUCGCCCUCCUCCAGAUCUUUGGUAUCUGCCUGGCCCAGAACCUUGUGAGUGACAUCAAGGCAGUGAAGGCCAACUGGAUCAAACAUGAUGAUGGCUACAAACUACUCAAAUAAACAAAACCUUGAAAACCA